AUGGAUCGGCCGGUUCGAAAACGGGGCCGGAAGUCGACGGUGUCAAGUGCAAAGAGUUGCACGAGAAGCCAAGGGGAUAGUCAGGUGUCUGACUUCAAAUCUCCAGAAUGUUUACAUCGUCUCAUAGACAUCUACCGCAAUACCAUGUACCAAUGCUACUUUCCGUUUCUUUCGGAGAAUGAUCUUGAAGUGCGAUGGGCAGAUAACAUAAACACCGACAAUGCGCCAUCAUACAUGCUUCUAAUGGCACUCUGCGCCGUCAGCGCCCAGAGUCUAACUCUCAAGGCAGUCUUCGAUAGCACCCUAUUGGGGGACGUCGUCCCACACAACAGCGACAGCUACUUUACCGAAGCUAUCUCACGUAUACCAGCACGCGUUCCUGACUCACAUGACCUGGACUAUCUGCGUUCAUUUGGCUUGUUAGCCGUGUACUCCCUCAGGAGCGGCAACAAAGGCGAACUUCACCGAUACCUCGGAUUAUGCCACGCGUGGAUUGCUCAACAUGGCUUCCAUAACGAGGACCACUGGGAUAGUUCCAUAUCGCUCCUGGAGGUAGAUGAUAGGCGACGUCUGUUCUGGUGUGUCUAUCGUCUCGAGAUUCAUUCGGCUUGUGUGCUUGGGCAUAUAAUACGCCUCCCCGAGGCCCAAGUUACAGUUCUUUACCCGCGUAUCACGCCAGCAAUGAAGCGGGAAACACAGGCAUGGACAGCUGGUUGGGACUAUAUCACCGACCUCUUUCGACUGAUGGAGUACGCAAUUCUCAACCUUCGCCAGCAGAAGCCUCCAAAAGCAACUGCAGUGUUCUGCGAACGACCCUCUCCGACAGCAUUACUCGAGAGCUUGGCCCAACUAAAAGCCAGCAAACCUUUUGUGCUUCGUGUUCUUUCGCAAUCGCCCGAUGAGCUGCAGAGUAACCGAUGCAAAUUCAUGGCCGUACAAAUCACCUGUACCGAGGCACUCGUCAACAUCAUGGGUCUGCUCCAUCGACAAGCCCCAGUAAAUGAGGUAAUCAAGGUUGCAGAACAAUUCUUGAAUGAGAUAACCGAAGCAUCUCUUAUUAUGUUCAAAGUGGCGAGUAGUCAGAUCAUUCACCAGUUACUCGGUGUCGGUCACAUGGUUUAUAACGCGUUCUUGUACGACGAAAGUCAAUCGCAACUUGCGGUAGGCAGAUUGAUUACCUACCUGGAGGAUAUAGUCAAAAGUUUGGAGCAAGACAUUCCUACAGCUGCUGAGGCGCGAGAACAAUUGCAAAAGCUUGCGCAGUGUAUUAUAUAG